AUGCAUCCGGUAGUGCAUAGAUGGGCGUCGCACAUGCAGGAUGGCGCUGAGAAAAGAGAGUUCCUGCGGCUGGCGGUGAUGCGAGCCCUAGGAGGCAAGGAGAAGGCGCUUGGACGGGACCAUCCAUCGACGCUCAAUACAGUCAACAACUUGGGCAACAUCUAUAGUGUACAAGGCCGGCUGGAAGAGGCCGAGUCGAUAUAUCAGCGAGCCCUAGAAAGCAAAGAGAAGGCGCUUGGACGGGAACAUACAUCGACGCUUGAUACUGUCCACAACUUGGGUCUUCUUUAUCUUGACCAAGGCCGGCUGGCGGAGGCCGAGUCGCUAUUACAGCGGGCUCUAGAAGGCGGGGAGAAGGCGCUCGGAAGGGACCAUAUAUCGACACUUAUUACGGUCGAUAACUUUGGCAACCUCUGCUAUGUACAAGGACGGCUGGCAGAGGCUGAGUCGAUGUAUCAGCGAGCUCUGGAAGGCAAGGAGAAGGCACUCGGACAGGACCAUGUAUCGACGCUUGAUACGGUCCACGGCCUGGGCAACGUCUACUAUGUACAAGGCCGAAUGGCGGACGCCGAGUCGAUGUAUCAGCGGGCGCUCUCUGGGAUUUGGUCCGUCUUAGGGCCGUCUCAUCCGAAAACUAAGUGUAUUAUCCGGAAUCUGGAUAGAUUGUCGCGUGCCAAAGAUCGGUCAGCUAUAACGGACCUACCACCGCCAAAAGAAACAGCCUGA